ACACCAGAUGAAGCAUCUCGAGGUUUCGUGCAACCAUCGUUGUCGUUUAUGCCAAGGGCGAAGUCCUUUUCGGAUACGGUCGAUCAGAAUGACAAUUCGCCUUUCUGUAAUGAAGAAUGUCAAGUGAUAAAGAAGACGCUCGAGGAUGCUCUCGAAAAACGGCGCCGAACUAAACCGCUCGCACGUGCACCUGCAGAUCUAGGGAUAUUGUUCAAGGACACCGGUCCAAUGGAAGUCGAUGAAGGUCGUACCAAGAAUAACGGAAGAUGUGCCCUUGAGACAUUCGUGCCGCUUGGGAACUGUACGGAACCAGGUGAUGAGGUGUCGUGGGCGCACGAGCAGCUCUGCUCAAGUAGGUUGUAA